AUGAAAAUCAUCAAAUCAUCAACAUCCUCCGUUUUGAAUGCUUUUAACAGAGGAAGAACAGUAUCACCUAAAGUUAUUUUUCUUUCUGGAAAUAAAUUUACCAUCAAUAACAAUAAUUAUCAAAUAAUUGCAUUUAACAAUGUUGGUGGAAUGCUGAGAGCAUUUUCUUCAUUAAAUUAUUAUAAUAAUAUUUCCCAAAGUUCUACAAUUAUUAAUAUCAAUACUGGUAUUGAACAAGACAUUAGGAAAGCAAAAGACUUGCUCAAGGAGGGGUUUUCCGAGUUUGAAAAUAGGCAAUAUUUAAAAAGCUAUGAGCUUUUUAUUAGGGCCUUUUUACUUUUUGACAAACAUCAAUUAUUAACAAGAGAAAUUAAGUUAAAUGAUGAUAAUUUGACAGUUGACUCUUUAUUAGCACUUUCAAUUGGAUUGAAUAACUUUGCCGAAACUCUUAGAUAUAUGGCAAAAAGUGGUAUUGUGCCUCCAACUUUGGCCAAAUUGGGACUUAAAGCACCGUCAGUAACAACAGGAACUACAGCUCCUCUUGUUUAUACCUCAAAAGAUUCAAUGAAAUUUUAUACACAGGCAGAACAAUUAUAUGAACAGUAUCAAAAUUUUCUAUUAAAGAACCAAUCAAAUAAUAAUAGAAAAUUAUUGGAAUUGACACUUUGGAAAGGUACUUUAUAUAACAAUGUUGGACUUUAUUUUAUGGAAAAUAGAAGAGAUUUUUUCACUGCAACCAAAUGGUUUGAAAAGAGUGCAACAGAAAGAGGAAAACUUGUGAAGGAAUUGGAGGAAUUAGAAAAUGACAAGGCCACCAAACACGAGGAAGUUGUAAAUCAAUAUGGAGAAUCUGAGGACCCAUUGAAUGCCAACGAUCAAAGAAUACACUUUGCAAUCACAAGAAACAAUAUUGCUCAAUGCUAUUCUAAUUCUAAGCAAAUUACUCUUGCCUUGGAAAGUUACAAUUACGCUUUGAAGGUUUUUGAGGAUAUUAAGGCGAAAUUGAAAGAGAAAGAAAUCAAAUGUAUUACACCAGAGAGUAAGAAUACUAUUGCUAACAGACUUCACAUAAUUGUAUUGAAUAAUAUGGGAUUAAUGUAUCAUGAUCUUGGAAAGUAUGAACAAUCAUUGACAUACUUUUCUGAAGCAUUUUUCAUGUUCACAGGUGGACCAGUGAAUGGAGAAAAACUUGGUGAAGAAGGGCUUAUUGUUAAUAAUCAAAUAGGAACUCAAUAUUUUGGAGAAGAGUUGGGUGUUACCUUGUCAAAUAUGGGUACAAGUUUAUUCAUGUUAGGUAGAUAUAGAGAAUGUGAACAAUUUUACAGACAAGCUAUGGGCUUAUUUGAUGUUAUUUAUGAAAAUACUCCAAACCAUAAGAAUAUUGCACAAGUUAGUCUUCAAUUAGCCCUUUGCUUGAAGCAAAAACAUUCAGCAAAGGAGGGAGAAAAGCCAAACAAGGAUUUACUGGCUGCUGCUACUUCAUUAGCCCUCGCCAAACAGGACCCAUCCUAUUUUAUCAAACUUGAUUCGAAUGCAUCAGAAGAAAUGAUUGGAGAUGAAAAGCAAGUUAGGCACUUGAUAGAAAAGGCCAAGAAAAUAACAUCAACCUUUGCGGAUGCAAAUACAGAAGCAGUAGAGAAUACCAAAAAGUCAAUGUUUUCUAAAAUGUUUGGAAAGAAAAAAUAAUUCUUCAUCUCAUUUUGGAAUACUUACAAACUUGUAACGUUGUUUACAAUAAAAACAAAUGAAACAAAACCUCUCUGC